AAAACCCUAAGCUAAACAAUCUUUCUGUAAUCUUUUUCAUCAUGCCGAUCGGGAGAAGUAACCCUCCCGUUAAGCUAAUUACAUACUCUAACGAGCUCGUGGAUGGAAAACCAUUCUACGCCUUUUCCAAUUCUCUUCCCGCGAAGUCUUUGAACCGUGAACCUGCUGGUCACGCCUUCCACUCAGCUGCUCGUAAACUUCAUGGAUGCGCAGAGGCACGCAGUGACGGUGGUAAACGUAGCGAUAAGAGAGUUGGUGACGAUGAUGAAGAGGAGGAGUACGUUCCUUCAUUCAACCCAUAUGGUAACAAAGGGAAGAAUAAGAACAAGAAGAAGAAGCCUGGUACACAGCAGCAGCAGCAGAAACAAGACCCCUAUGCCUUAUUGGGAUUGAGAAACAUGAGGUACCUUGCGACGCAAGAUCAGAUAAAGAAAAGCUACCGAGAAGCUGCGCUGAAGCAUCAUCCGGAUAAACUCGCUGCUCUCGUCACCGCUGAGGAGACUCAACAAGGGAAGGAGGCUAAGAAAGAGGAGAUAGAGUCUCGUUUCAGAGCGAUUCAAGAAGCUUACGAGGUGCUGACGGAUCCGACCAAGAGGAGAAUCUUCGACUCCACAGACGAGUUUGAUGUUGUUGACGUGGAGGAGCUAACGCCAAGAGAGUUUUUCAAGGUGUUUGGUCCAGCCUUUAAGGGAGUUGCUAGGUGGUCAGCGGGUCAGCGUGUACCGGAUUUGGGAGACGAGAAGACGAGUUUGAAAGAGGUUGAUAAGUUCUACAGGUUCUGGAACGGUUUCAAGAGUUCAAGAGCCUUUCCUGACUACGAAGAGAGGAGGCAUGAUCUCGAGAAGGCUGAUUCACGGCAGGAGCGGAGGCGGAUGGAGAGAGAGAAGGCCAAGAAGACCGCCAAGGCUAGACAGGAGGACGAUGUUCGAAUCCGGAAUCUAGUGGAGAAUGCAUAUAGAAUGGACCCGAGGAUCUUGAAAAGAAGAGAGGAGGAAGAGGGUAAGAAGCAGAAAAAGAAAGAAGCAAAGCUUAUGGCUAAGAAGAAGCAGGAAGAGGAAGCCGCUGCCGAGGCAGAGAAGAGAAGGAAAGAAGAAGCAGAAGAACGAAAGAAAGAGAAGGAAGUCUUUCUCAAAGAACGGAGCCGUCUUAGAACUCUCGCAGCUCAUGUCCUGGCUCAGCGUCUCGUCUCCAAGGAAGAUGUAGUGAAUCUAUGCAUGUCACUUAGCAUCGAGCAGCUGCAGAGUCUAUGUGAUACGAUGGGAAACAAACAAGGGGUAGAGUUAGCAAAGGUGAUCAAUGAUCACGAAGCCAACUCUAAAGAGAAAGAAAGUGAGAAAGUCAACUCUAAAGACAAAGAAUGUGAGAAAGUCAACUCUGAAGACAAAGAAAGUGAGAAAGUCAACGCGGAGCCUAGUAAAUUAGAUAACACUCAGAAGAAGAAGCAACCGUGGAGCAAAGAAGAGAUUGAUAAGCUGAGAAAAGGAAUUAUAAAAUAUCCAAAGGGGAUAUCUCGGAGAUGGGAGGUUAUAUCAGAUUACAUUGGUACAGGGAGAACCGUGGAGGAGAUUCUCAAAGCAACUAAGACGGUUCUACUUCAAAAACCAGAUUCCGCCAAGGCGUUCGACACGUUCCUCGAGAAAAGGAAACCUACGGUUUCGAUCGCGUCACCUCUCUCCACUAGGGAGGAGGAGCUCGGAGAAACAUUUAAAGAGACUGUUGUUGGUAAAAGCUCAGACAACAACGAUGGUGAAGCAAGUGGGAGGAGUUCAGAAGCAGAUGGUUGGUCGGUUGUGCAAGAGAGAGCUUUGGUUCAAGCUUUGAAGACAUUCCCCAAAGACUCUAGCCAAAGAUGGGAGAGAGUAGCUGCUGCUGUUCCUGGGAAAACAAUGAUUCAAUGCAAGAAGAAGUUUGCAGAGCUUAAGGAAUUAAUCAGAAGCAAGAAAACUGGUGGAGUCUAAAGGAAAAACAAAUAAUAGUAAUCAGAGCUCCAUGAGAAUUUUGGGUUUUAAUCUUCUUGGGGGCACCGUUACUUUGUGAGAUCAAAUACCUUGAA